AUGUUUCGCGUCAGUCAUCAACCGUCGUCGGUAGGACACGCGUCGCGAACAGUCACCUCAACGAUGGUAUCCAAUCACCUGUUCUACGUUAGUCGGGCCGAUAUAUUUUCCGUGUAUCCGGAGAUAUUGCGCGAAAUACUCGUGCUCGAGGAGCUACUGUUUCGCACGAAAACAAUCACAGCGUUCGGGCAUACGAUCACGGCAAGCGAUCGAGUGCCGCUGCAGCUUCCAAGCGAAUUCGAGUGGCAGCUAAAGCAGUACUUCCGGUUAUUGGAGCAACAGAAGAAGAUCAACGCUGCUACGGAGCAAGGAAUCCAGCUAAAGAGCUCACUGGAGAAGGUCGACCACACCUACUGGGAGGUGAAGGCCAAAUCCAUCGAUGAGUUCGUAUCGCCGAUGACUUCUCCCGCUUCGGGCGACUCGUCCACACCUUCGUUCCGUCGGCGGCGGCGACUCUGCAUCCUGGACAAUCCCAUCGACUUCUGCGACAUCGCCGCCUACAACCAGUGGCGCUUGGAGGAUAUCGUAAGGGCUGGAAAGUUGCUGCACAAGCCACCACUUCCGGUGCAGUUUGACGAUGAGUACGAGAUGCGGAAGGUGUACUCCAUGAUUUACGACGUCUACCGCUUCAAGCUGGUACUUCAACAGGCACUGAAAAACAUUGGCUUCUACGAAAGCUAUCCGAUGUUGGCCCACGAAACUACGCGCGUUUGGUUGCUGCUUUACGACAUGUAUUUGCGGAAGUUUGUGAAGCGCGAGCCGGACACAGCUCCCCAGAAGGAUCAACUGUUCCACGAGGCACAUUUGCUGGAAAUUGAGCGCUGUCUCGAGCUGAACAGUGUCAAGAUUGCGGCCGCUCUCACACGUAUUCGGAUACAGAACAGUGCCUAUAACAUGCAGUGCUUGCUUCCCCUUCAUCUGCAGGACAAUAAGGUAGCAAUCGUCGUGUCAAAUCCCAUCAUAACCGGCUGGAUCAACACGUUUCGUAUCCGCACGAAGCAAGAAGCGAACGAAGUGCUGAAGCAGCUCGGCUUCCAAAUUAUCGAACCACCAGCACCGGCCAGCUUUCAAAGUUUGCUCAAUCUGUUUAGCCCGCGCGAUCACACCGCAUACGUGCCAAUCACGAUGAAUAGCUACAAGUGGGACCGGCUCUGUCCACAGGUCCUUUUCAUCUAUCCUGAGGAUCGCUCCUCGUUCGUUCAAUCUCCCAUCUUCAUCGAUCAUCAGUUCAUCAUACAGGAUCGCUCGUUCACUAUUGGUCCAACCAUCUUCUCCAACUUGCUGGAUUAUUUCGAGGUGCAGGGCGAUGUCCUGCAGACACAUAUCGCUUCACCGCGCUCCACCGCCUAUCUGGCAUCUUUGCUAGCGAACUGUAACCGGGUGCGCAACUUCGUUGCCUUCGGAUGUGGCAGCAAGCUGGCCGAGUAUCGUGAGUACAUGGCUGACCUGGGAGUGACAAAUGUGAAGCUGUUUGCGGAACCAUUUUCUGAGCUUCCACACGGUUCACCGGUUGUCGAUAAGGUGGUGGGAAUCUUAGCAAACCCACCCAGCUCGUACAGUGCGGUCAGCGAUCCUAUCGAUCUGAUCUGCAGCCGUGGCGGUGAUCUGUCAAUGUUGGAAAUGCUGUCCGAGUCGGAGAUGACGGACGAUAGUCGCCGGAGGGUGUCGCAGUUGCUCGAAAAGCAACGAGAAACCCUGAAGCUGGCCAUGUCCCGCCCUCAGGUUCAGUUCAUACUCUACCAAACGCAUUCGAUCGUGGAGACCGAGAACGACACGAUGGUUCAGCGAGCGGUCGAAUACACCAACCAGAAGGCGUUUGACGUGCAUUACAAAGCGAUGAAGGAACGUGAGAUGGCCGCACUUGCCGAAGCAGCAGGUAAUACGCUGGUGAAUCGUUUGCUCGGACGGCAGGAAGCGGCCGCACGGGCAAAGAAUGCCGAAUCGUCCGAUGGAGACCGGGAUGGCGCGGAUGGAGAAAGGGCAGAUGGGGCAAGUACUCGCAAAAACUCCGAGGAGGAGGUAAACGUCCCACCGACGGAUCAGUUCGAGGUGGUCGAGGUUCCCGAUUUUUGUCCCCAAAAGGAUAGCUGCUUAGAUUUCAAAGAGUGUGGAGUGUUUCUGUCGCUAAUCAAGCGCAAAGAAGUCAUCCGGUUAGAUUCGAAGUAUCUCAUCAAAAUUGCGGAAUUGAGGGGCAUUUUCGGUGACGCUAAUAAUGAACCACGAUUCAACGUAAAGGUGGGCAAGCGUUCGGACCGCAAAUCGGAAGAGCAGGAUGCGCACGAUCUUCAAAAUCGCAAAAAGCGGCUGAAACGGCGUGGUAGCAACAUGGAUUCUUUGAUCACUCGCCUCAACACACCGACACAGGCCUCUCUGAAGCGAGCUCACCAUCAUCGGAUGUCGUCGGUUGAGCAUAAGUUUAUGUUUUUCGACGCGUGCCGGGAAUGGUGUCCCAAGUAUGCGAACAGAAGCGAGAACAAUCUCAGCGUGCUCUCCGACGAUCGCUCGUCUACGAGCUCGAUCGUUCGAGCACGUGUUUGGUGGAAGACAACCAUCCAUUACGUGAUGCAAAGGCUGCGCUUAGCUCGAAUGGAAGGCCGACCGGGAGGUGCCGAAGGGGCGGAAUUUCCUCCGUUAUUGUUGCGCCGUUAUCCGAAUGGAUGUCGACAUGGGGAGGAAGGAACGAAACGCUUUCGAUGGAGUCAUCAAAACCGUAUACCCUACCCAUUGCCUGUACGGAUACUCGAAUUCCGACAGUACAAUUCCGAGAACAGUUUGCUGAACAAAACGACUGACUCGGAGAAGGAAUGCCCAAAUCGGCCGGUGGCACACGUGUUCGGUUGA